AUGUCUCUGUUCCGCGCCAGCUUCCCUCCUCAGGGCGAUUUCGCUCCUCUCUUCCGACUUCUGGAUGACUAUGACUCCCACCGCUCCACUCGCCAGCAGCCCUCGCUGCGCUCUUUCUCUCCCCGCUUUGAUGUUCGCGAGAGCGGUGAUGCCUACCACCUGGACGGCGAGCUCCCCGGCAUCGCCCAGAAGGAUAUUGACAUCGAGUUCGCGGACCCUCAGACCCUGGUUGUGAAAGGCCGCACCGAGCGUGAAUAUCACACUGAGCCCAAGGACGAAGGCGAUGCGGCCGAGGCCGACAACGACAAGACGCCCACUGCCACCCACCGCUUCUGGGCUUCGGAGCGCUCGAUCGGCGAAUUCCAGCGCACUUUCUCGUUCCCCACCCGUGUCGACCAGGACGCUGUCAAGGCCAGCCUCAAGAAUGGCAUCCUGUCCGUCGUCAUUCCCAAGGCCACUGCCACCUCCGCCAAGAAGAUCACCAUCGAGUAG